AUGGAUACGGUGCUCCGAGUUGGUCGUCUAAAUGGGUCAGCGGUGGAACAACAGUGGAACUCCCUGCUAGACGUAAUCGGUGACGAUCCCGAUAUUCUCUAUACAUGGGGGCUUACCAUAUACGUGCAUGCCUUUUUCUGGAUCGUGGGUGGUUUGUUUGUGCUGAUGGAUAUCACCAACAGGCCGGCGUUUUUGCGUAGAUACAAAACGCAACCCGGCAAAAAUGAACCGAUCGAAUCGCACGAUCUGUGGCGGGUGAUGAAGACGAUCUUGUUCAAUCAAACUGUGAUUGGUAUCCCAUUAACGUUUGCCGGCUACCAUGGAACAAUCCGUGGUUCGGUGCCGGACGUACGCACGCUACCGUCGGUGGGUGUGAUCUUGCGCGAUCUGGUCGUGUGUGUCAUCUUUGCCGAGAUUGGGUUUUACUACGUGCAUCGAUUCUUGCACCUCAAGCCACUGUACAAGCUGGUCCAUAAAAAGCACCACGAAUGGACGGCACCGUUCGCUUGGACCGCUAUGUACUGCCAUCCGAUCGAGCACAUCAUCAGCAACAUGAUCCCGCCAAUGAUCGGCAUACAGCUCAUGAAGGCGCACAUCUUCACCACCGCCAUCUGGUUUCCGUUGGUAAUCUUUAACACGAUCCGGGAUCAUUGUGGCUACCAUUUGCCGUUCUUUCCAAGCUCCGAGUACCACGAUUACCAUCACGCUAAAUUUACUGAGUGCUUUGGAACGUUCGGGUAUCUCGAUUGGUUGCACGGGACGGACACAAAAUUCCGGAAGUCGAAGCAACACCAGCGGCAUCGUACACUUUGGGGCAUUAAAUCGGCCCGAGAGUUGUAUCCGGACAGUUAG